UUACUAAGUCUCUCUUCAAUUUCUAGGGUUUCUUUCCCCACGCACACAGGCACGCUCUCUCUUUCUCUCGGAGCAAUGGCGGAAGAAGCUCAGUACUUGUCCGAUACCGGAAGCAACAAGCGCAAGUACGAGGAGCCGACGGCUCCGCCUUCUACUCGGAGGGCGAGCGGAUUCUCCGCGCCCAUCCCUUCCGCUUCUCCGGAUUCUGGCCUCGCUCCCCCUCCCUCGUACAAUAGCGUUCCCCCGCCGGCGAUCGACGAUGUGCAGGCUCAGGUCCAGAACUUCAAGCAGAAAGCUCAGGAGAUUGCCUCUCGGCUGCUCUUCAACGCUAGUGUUGGUAGUGGUGGCGCCGGCGCCGGCGCCGGGGCUGGUGCUGGUGCUGGUGCUGGUGCUGGUGCUGGCGCUGGUGUCGGAGGAUAUGAUAUCAAGCGUGCUAGGGUUGACAAUGGUAGCGGAUUUGAUAUAUCCGAUAGAGAUGGCAAACCUGCACUUAAUUCAGCAUCUUCAGCGAUUCCUGUUUCAUAUAAUAAUUACGGCCAGGGCACUAGCAAGAAGAUUGAGAUCCCCAACGACCGAGUUGGUGUCAUUAUUGGCAAGGGUGGGGAGACUAUCAAGUAUCUCCAGAACGAGUCUGGGGCUAAAAUUCAGGUCACGCGUGACGUGGAUGCUGAUCCACAUGCUCCUACUAGGGUGGUAGAACUCAUGGGUACAGUAGAGCAUAUUGCCAGGGCAGAGCAAAUGAUAAAGGAGGUUCUCUCUCAGGCUGAAGCAGGAGGUUCUGGCAUAGUUUCUCGAAGGGUAACUAGUCAGACUGGAUCGGAACAGUUUGUAAUGAAAGUCCCCAAUAACAAGGUUGGAUUAGUUAUUGGUAAAGGAGGCGAAACAAUUAAAAAUAUGCAAAAUAGGACUGGUGCUCGUAUACAGGUGGUUCCAUUACACCUGCCACCUGGUGAUACAUCUUCUGACAGAAAUCUGUACAUUGAUGGUACAAGUGAGCAAAUUGAGGCAGCUAAGCAGUUGGUUAAUGAAGUUAUAAGUGAGAACCGUAUGAGAUCUUCAGCAAUGUCUGGAGGGUACACACAGCAGGGCUACCAAGCGAGGCCUCCAUCGAACUGGGGAGCCCCGCCCAUGCAGCAGCCUGGCUAUGGCUAUGUUCAGCCCGGAGCAUACCCUGGGGCCCCACAGUACAACAUGAUGACCCAGAGUCAAUAUGGGAGCUAUCCUCCACAGGCCUCGACUGGUGGUUAUGCCUCUGGCUGGGACCAGUCCUCAGCUGCCCCGCCUUCUCAGCCAGGUGGUGGCUACGAUUAUUAUUCCCAGCAGCAGCCUGCCUCACAGCAGCAGCAGGGGCCCUCAGGCGGCACCACAGGGUCGACUGACCAAUCAGGCUAUAACUACAGUCAGCCACCUUCUGCUGCUUCAUAUGGACAGCAAGGACAUGGGUACUCGCAAGACGGAUAUGGAGGGUACUCCCAUCAAGCCCCUCCCCCGUCGGGCUAUGGGCAACCUUCGUCUUAUGACCAGCAGCAUCAGAGCUACAGUGCCAGCUCAGGCUAUGGUAAUGCAACAAACCCGACUCAGGAGGGGGUUGCGCAUUCUUCUUAUGGGGCCCAGGGGGAUUCUUCUCAGGCAGCACCUCCACCUGUGCAACCUCCUCCAGCUCAGUCUGGGUACAGUUCUGGCCAGCCUAGUUAUGGGAUGCCUCCUACUUCUCAGCCUGGUUAUGGGGCACCACCAGUACAAAAGCCUCCGACAUAUGGCCAGUCUCAGUCACCAAGCACUGCAGGAGGUUAUGGCCAGGGAAGUUAUCCCCAGGUGCCAUCAUCGGGUUACGGGCAGGCCUCUUACGGGGCGCCACCCACUGCUCCUCAGGGAGGUUAUGGGCAGCAGCCUCCUCCAUACGGUGGCUACAGCAGCAGUGGUGCCUAUCCACAGCCUCCGGCUUACUCUGCUGAUGGUGGUGCAGCCACUCGUGGUGGUUACGAGGCAACCCCUCCUGCUUCUCAGGCUACUCCUCCUGCAAACACAGCUUCCAAGGCUUCACCCCAGACUUGAGUUUUUGACUGUGAAGUUGGUCCUAGUCGGUGUACCUAUAAUGAAAUGGAUUAGUGGGAUUUCGAGGUUUUUGUGGAGUUGGUAAUUAGGUUUUGGGUUCAAGGGUAUGGGACGAACUGCUAGCUAUAGGGUGGAAUCUGUUAUUUUUUGGUCCGAAGUUUAAAUGCUGUGGUUUAUGUUUACUGCUACCCUUAUUGUUGACUCUAUGAAUUAUGUGCUAUCAUUCGAGUAUGAG